GGGGCGUGGCCAGAGGCGCUGCCCGGCGCUGAGGCGGCUGAGGGGGGACAGUCGCCGGUUCGGCCGCGACAGGUGCGUUGGGACCCCCCCGUAUACCUGGGAAAGGGAUUUGGGGAGACAAGAUGGAGCCCUCCCCGUUCAGCAGAAGACAAUGGGCCUCCCAGUCUCUGAAAAUCACUGCCAAGGAGCUUUCCCUGGUCAACAGGAACAAGUCCUCGGCCCUGGCUGAGAGGUUCUCCAAGUAUCAGAAAGCUGCUGAAGAAGCCACUGCUGAGAAGAAAAGAAGUAACGCGGAAAACCUGCCCCCUCACUUCCCCAGGGGCAAUCUGAGCGCGCUGAAGAAGAGGUGGGAGAAGCCGGCGCUGGGAGCGGAGUCCUCCGGGAGGGAAUCGCUGCGGGGCGGCUGCGCUGAGCUUCGGCACAAGGUCGGGACCGGCCGCGCUCCUUCCCCAUCCCCGGGGGCCGGGGCUGCCCCUGCUGACGCCUCCAAAGGCAGAAUCCACUCCCCGGAGGGUGCCAACAUGGAAAACUGCGUGAGAGAGCCCAGGGAGGUGGAAAAGCCCGAGGCCGGCGAGGGCGCGGAGCCCCCGGGCAGGAUCGAGAAGUACAACGUGCCCCUGAGCAAGCUCAAGAUGAUGUUCGAGAAGGGCGAGCCCCCCCAGCCCAAGCAGGUCCCCAGGGAGCCCAGGAGGACGGCGCUGGGCAGGAGGGUCUCGGAGAACAGCGUCUCCUCGGAGGACUGCGACGCCGGAGCAGGGCAUCUUGCAGAGACCAUCCCAGGGCUGAGUGUGGACAGGGCAGAUCCCAGGAGGAGCCUGGACAUGCCUCGUUUUUCAGAGACCUCCAUAAAGGACAGGCUGGCCAAGUACCAGGCAGCUGUGUCCAAGCAGGGCACUUCCUCAGCCCUCACUCCCAUGAGUGAGAUUCAAGCCAGUGAGACUGAACUCAAGAAUUACAAAUCUGGGCAGAAGGAGAACGUGGCACCAAGUGAGGACUCCAGUUCCUGUCAGGAUGGGGAGAAGGUUUCUGCAGGUGAGAACAGCUUUUCUGUGCCCUCUGCUCUGCUGGAGGAUGGCCACGCUGGACAGAACUCGGAGAGCGAGGCAGAAGCUCAGAAACCUGCUGGCACAAAGCAGCAGAAGGUGGGUGCCAGAGCAGCUGCCCAGGCUGAGGCCUCCCCACCCAAAGCCGUGAAGAAAUUCCAGUUGCCAAUGAAGGAGACCUGUGUUGGGUGUCAGAAGACCGUGUACCCCAUGGAAAGGCUCUUUGCCAACCAGCAGGUGUUUCACAUCAGCUGCUUCCGCUGCUCCUACUGCAACAGCAAGCUCAGCCUCGGGACGUACGCGUCGCUGCGGGGGAACAUCUACUGCAAACCCCACUUCAACCAGCUCUUCAAAUCCAAGGGCAACUACGACGAGGGCUUCGGGCACAAACAGCACAAGGAGCUGUGGGCGGGCAAAACGGAAGGUGAGGAGUCCCCGGAGAAAACCCUCCCCGGGGGGAACGCGACAGAAGCUCCUCAGAGCCCCGGGGUGGAGGACGCCCCGAUUGCCAAGGUCGGGGUCCUGGCAGCGAGUAUGGAGGCAAAAGCUUCGGCCGUGCCCGAAAGGGAAGAGAGACCGGCGGAAACCAAAAAGCUCCGGAUCGCCUGGCCCCCUCCCUCCGACCAGAGCGUCCAGGGAAGUGCCUUAGAGGAGGGCAUCAAGGUGCUCAAACCCAAGUGGCCCCCGGAGGAAGAGGUUUCCAAGCCGGACGUGCAGGAGGAGGUGGAUCUGGAUCUCAAAAAGCUGAGGAGAUCCUCCUCGCUGAAGGAGAGGAGCCGCCCCUUCACGGUGGCGGCCUCGUUCAGAGCGGUGUCCGUGAGGGGCCACAGGGCAGAGAACUCGCCCUCUCCUCCUAAAGCUGAGAGGGACACGCGGAGAAAAGGGGAGGAACUGGAGAGAGAGGAGAAAGAGCAAAAGGAGAAGAAGGUUGAGCACAGGAACGUCCAGAACGAGGAGAAGAACGCGGGGGAAGAGCAGGAGUUGUGUGGGGUCAGAACAGAGCUCGGCGUCGUGGAGAACGGGCAGGGGGGCGCGGAGACGGACGAGGAGGAACCGGGAGAGCCGGAAACCCCAGAGGAAGAGCUCCCGGAACCAAAUUCUCCCAAACGUUCCAGCCUGGCCCACGUGGUGACUGCCAAGGAGCCCUCCCCGAGCCAGCACCGCAAAUCCCAGGACGUGGGUUUCUGGGAGGGCGACGACGUGGAGGAUCUGUCCGUGGAAGAGCAGAUCAAAAGGAACCGUUACUAUGAAGAUGAAGAUGAUGAUGAUGAUGAAGAAUAAAUUGGCCUUUUUUUUUAACUAGGAAACUUGCUGCAAGGUGCUGGGCCUUUUGGAAAUGGGUAUUUUUUUUUUUUUAGCUUUAACAAACAGCUCUCCUCCACGAAGCGAUGCCACACUGCACGUCAAGGGAAUCCACGUCCAAAUUAUCUCGACUGGGAAACUCUGGAAGCCUGCGAAGAGUCUCUUUGGGUGCAUGGGAACGAGUGUCUGUGGGACAGCAGCAGCAGGUAGUGUCUGCCCACGGGCUGUCCUGUGCUUGUCUCAUCCCUUUGAGCUUAAAUACGUAUUCCACUAGCAAACAACUCAGGGAAUUCCACCAAAAACCCGUGGAAUUCCGCCGUGGUGGUCCAGGACAGGCCCUCUGGAACACGCCACUUGUACCACUACAAAUGCUACUGCAGUGCUUAGGGACCAACUUCAAAGGGACUUUCUGGCCUGCUUUAAAAACGGUCACUUAAUGCACUUUAAUACGUGGAAAGGGGCACAACUGGGCUUUUAUAUUUUUUUUUUUUUUUUUAAAAAUAAUAAUUAAAAAAAACCAUUUCCGCGCGUGGCGUCCGACGACGAAAGCACCUGGAACCGAGUGCAAUGUGAAUUUUGUGUCUCAGACCCCCCCUCUGAGGGGCUGGGGGGGUCCCUGCCCAGCUGGAACGGUGCCCGUUGCUGGACCCACGUGUAUUUUAGUGCUUUCCCAGGAGCUGUGCCGGCUGCCAGGUCCCUUUGAGGGUGAGUGAACACUUUUUUGAGCAGCCUGCAGGGCAUUAUUUCUGCAUUUCAAGUGGUUUUUCUUUUUUUUGUUUCUUUUGGUUUUGUUGUCUUUUUUUUUUUUUUUUAUUAUUUGGAGUUCCUCCUCACCCUUUUAAACCACAAAGGAGAUUUUUAAGGCCUUUUUGUUGGACAACUCUCGAAAUCCCGCUCGUAUCAAGCUGCCAUAAAUCUCUUCCUUACAGCUGUGAAAUGAUGCUGCAUUGCAAAAAAAAAAAA